CUGCAGGUGACGGCGAGGCCCCCAUGGGCAAGAGGCAGUGGCGGUGGCGACGGCGGCGGCUUCAGCUUCGUCUCCCGGCCUCGCUUCGUUCCUCCUCGACCUCCCGUGGGGAGGGAGACUCACGGGGUAGUUGACUGGUGGCGGCGGUGGUGGCGGUGAUGGCGGUGAGCGUUUGAAUGAAUUCUCAGCAGUCGACUGGAAAGGGCGUGAAUCUCGCAGUCUCCAUCUGUGCCUCAUUAAAACAGUGCAACAGAACAAUGUUACCCCAGUGAUGGGAAAGGUGUCGGCAGGAUGCUCAGGACUCCGCGAUUGAAACGCCGCCGCGUGCCCAUCUGCAUGGCCAUGGAAGCUCUGCGUCCUUGUCGGGGUCACAUGACUCUGCUGGCCACCCUCUGCCUUUUGUUGGCAGUUACGGUGAUGGCUCAAGAGAGAGUGCACACGAGCCCUCCCCUCCUGGACGACAGACCCUUCCUGGUCAUCUGGAAUAUCCCCUCGGAGCAGUGCAAGUCGCGCUUCAGCGUAGACCUGGACCUCAGCAUGUUCGACAUGUACUCGACCCCAAACGAGGGAUUCUACGGACAAAACGUCACCAUCUUCUACCCCGACCGGCUCGGCAUCUACCCCUACAUCACGGACGACGGGGAAACCAUCUUUGGCGGGCUCCCGCAGAACACCAGCAUCACGCAGCACCUGGACAAGGCCCUCGUCGACAUCGAGAAGUACAUCCCCAUGGACCAGACGGGCCGCUUGGCCGUCAUCGACUGGGAGAUGUGGCGGCCUCAGUGGCUGCGCAACUGGGACAAGAAGGACGUGUACCGGCAGAGGUCACGUGACCUCGUGCGCCUCAAGCACCCCAAUUGGACGGACGUCAUGAUUACCCAGCAGGCGCAGUGGGAGUUCGAGACGGCGGCCCAGCAGUUCAUGGUGGAGACCCUACAGCUGGGCAAGAACCUGCGGCCCGAAGUGCUGUGGGGUUUCUACCUCUUCCCGGACUGCUACAACCACGACUACAAGGACAGCGAGGACAAGUACACGGGCGUGUGUCCCGACGUGGAGCUGUCGCGCAACAACGAGCUGGACUGGCUGUGGAAUGCCAGCACGGUGCUCUUCCCCUCCAUCUACAUGCCCAAAGCGCUCGAGUCCACUGCCAACGGGCGCAAGUUUGUGCGCUACCGCGUGAUGGAGGCCAUGCGGGUCUCCACCAGGCCGGAUCCGUACAACUCCCUUCCCAUCUACGUGUACUCGCAGUUGGUUUACAUCAACUCCGAUAACAACUCGAUGGUGGACUAUAAGUCGGAGGUGGAUCUAAUCCAGAGCAUUGGGGAGAGUGCAGCUAUGGGUGCUGCGGGAGUUGUGUUGUGGGGUGACAAGAGGUACUCGCAGUCAAAGACACGCUGCACGCAGCUGCAGGAGUACAUCACGUCCACGGUGGGGCUGUACACGGUGAACGUGACGGCGGCUGCCACGUGGUGCAGCCGCGCACUCUGCGGCUCCCAGGGCCGCUGCAAGCGCAUCUCCAACGAGUCCGACGCCUACCUGCACCUCAACCCCAACAGCUUCAGCAUCCAGCGUAACCGCCCGCCUCAAAAGGGGUUCACCGUCUCGGGAAGGAUGUCGCGUGCCGACAUGCUGAAGCUACAGGCAGGCUUCAUGUGUCAGUGCUACACCGGCUGGAAAGGGCGGUACUGCGACGAGAAGGGAUCGUACUCCAGCUCGCCCAGACUGACCGCAAUGCCGUGUGCUUUGCUUGGAGUGAUCGCCACAUUCCUUGUCUUGGCAGUACCCGCACUUUGAGAGAGAGGGACCACGCGUGCUCACAUUGCUUUCAACGCAUGACGAUGUUCCCACGCUCGCAUUCGCAUAGACAGGAAGAAUCGUGAUCUCACACGCUUAAUCUGUUAGCUAUGAGCUCCUGCUUCCCAGCACAUCGGACAAAGUGGUGUCGAAAGAUCAGCUCGGUUUUCUUCAACAUCUCAGAAGCAAGCGUGUUGGAGUGUCCGUCUAACUUGAGGAUUCUUACAAACAUGCGUAGAUGGAAUUGACUUUUGAGUCGUUGCGCUGCUUCAGUCAUGAAUGCACAUUGAACGGUGGUAAAUUAUAUAACAUGAUACUGCAAUGACAACACCCUCUUAUUAUUGAAUAGGCAAAGUCCAUAUCACAAGUCCAUACCACCAUCAUCGACAUGGGUAAUACCUACCGCCAGAGGAGGCAAACAUCACGGGUACAGUUUUUUGUUGUAUAUGGCCAAUAAAGUUGAUGUAUGUGUUAACUUAGUAAUUUAAAUAUUUCACCUUUAUUGACCAUAUAAAGUCCUCGGUACCACGACAGAUUUACCACGUCAGGUGGUAAGGGUUUCUUCUCUGGGGAAAAUACGACAUUUUUCACCACCCCCCCCCCCCCCGCCGCGUCUGAUUUACAUAUACAAUCCCAUAUCCAUUUGUGUGCUGGCUUGGAGUGUAACCCAUGUACGGUAAUCUGUAUACGUAGUAGUAAAUAAUUCUUGCUUAACGUGAAAAUCGAUUGUCCGUAGGGGGUUUUCAAUGCAGUCGGCUGAAGUGAAACAGGUUUUCACAAAUGUUCGAGGUAAGGUGGGCUAGACCCCCUCCCGUUUAUUUGGGUUGUACAUUUAUUUCGUGAACCAGACGCAACGGAUGCAAGUCUUUAUCAUCUUUAGUGUGGCGCCCUCCGCUGGGUGAAGUUGUUAGUGACGUUUAUUUUAUUUGACGUGCCACGGUUAAUCGCUAAAAUCGAUUCUUGCAGUUACGAUAUAUGCUAAAUCAUGCGCAUGAGAAUUGAUUGAUAAUGUAUGCAAGUCAUAUGCAAAUUAUAGACAGAUUGUCCAUUUAGGCUAAUGGAGUAGGCACAACUGCAUUUAAGAUAUGAAAUUAGCAAUGAGGCAGUAAUAAAUGAUAUUGAGUCUUGAAUUACAAUUAUGCCCCUGCAUCUUGACUUUUGAAAUGCUUUCCCCGGGGAGAAUUGCCUCAUGUCUAAUUAUCAAUAUUAGACAUGUAACGCUGAGCUCGCCAGCGAUUCGAUAUUACAUCGUGAUUCCUGGUCACCGUGCGAUUCAAGUGUUGAUUGUGUUUGUAUGUUAGGCUGUUUAAUUGUUUCCCAUGUCUUCUGUGCAGUUGUGUAAAAUAUUUGCUCUGUUAACUUAUUCUAACAUGGGCAUAUAGUUUUCUUAAAUAAAUAACAGUGAAUUGUUACUUACCUAUUGAUAACAAUUGUAAUGAAAACAAAACAUGUAAAAAUAUGACAAUGUUUAACUACUGCUAAGUUAAAAAAGGCUACGGUUAUGUACGUGUGGCCAACCUUUUCGUUGUAUGAAAAUGAUCAUUUGUGAUGGUGCACUUGUGUAGAUGCACAAGUCGUCAAGCUAUUUAACAGUUCCGUUGAAUCUUCAGCUACCGUAUAUGCAGAGUGCAGCUUCCGAUUGUAGUCUCGUCAAUGUAGUCAUUUCAUAAUACUCGGUCUAUACGAUACUGGAACAGUGUGGUCAUACUUGUAUACUGCUAUGGAACCCGAUCUGUGCAAUAGGCUAUAAUAUUUUUAGUUAACUUCAGAGCUCUUAUUUUUACUUUGGAGAAAUGUUACCACAAUAGUUUUGCAGCUGCCUCUACUAACAUUUAAUCCUGCCACUGCUGUAUAACAUUGAACGCAGUAUUGUUACAAAUCACCAAUACAAUUUGUUGCGAGUGUGUCGCAGCAGCAGCAGCAGCAUCAUCCCUUGAUGCCUUUACAAAAAGGAGGAGUGGGUGGGGGGAUGUUUACAUGUGUAAAGCUGGCGAUUGCAUGCAUCUUGAAAAAGUAACUAUAGUCAAGUGUCACUCGGGCUGAUGCAAAAUAAUCUGCCCAAACGAUUAACUCUGACAUUGAAUAUCAGCAAUCUCGAUGUUAAUUGAACACAUGGCUUUUAUGGCCAAUAUUCUGAAUCAUCGUUGAUUUUUUUAGAUGAGCCACUUGAUUACCUGGCCAGGUUUGUGUCGUUAAGACCCUCCAUUGCCCCGACAGCCAAACAAAUGACACAUUGUGAGCAGCAGCAUUGUUUAGUUUUAUUUUACAGCAUGUCCGAAGGAAAGUAACAAGGUUUUAUCAGUGAUUGAUAAGUACAUUUCGUUUAUUGGCAACUGAAAAACAUUAUGAGCCAACUUGCACACUGGAGGUAAAAAUUAACUGUCAUUGUUUGUGUAAUUUAUAUUUCUGGGGGAGAGGGGGGGGGUUAAGCAAACCUUUUUGUUAACUCCACGUACAUAGGAUUGUUUUAUUGACCUAUACCACAAAUACAACAUUGUGCCUAACAAGCAGUGCAAAUCAUAUUUGAAUAAAUAUAGUGUUACAGCGAUAACUUUAGACUUGCGAGAUUUCAGAAGGCUAUCAAGUUAGUUGGGUGUGUUAGUAUUUCGUUUCACACCAUUAGCUUUUGCUUGUAUUAUGUAAUGCGUGGCUGUGUAUGCAUUACUGUAAUGAUCCAUCAAAACCCAAGGCCAGCAUAUUUUAAUUAUGUAUAAUUAAAGUAAUUGGGGUGGAACGAGGGGGGCACAGUCAACAGCGCACUGCACUAUCAGCCUAUCGACCCUAGUUCGAUUCCCGUCCAUGGCUAACAUCAGUGGGCAAGCGAUAUCUCAACCAGACCGAGGCAGCCCCUGUCAACAAUCCUCACUGACCAGUGUGAAGUAGGGUCAAGCAAACAGCAUGACCAUCAUGGUGUGCGGAAGUUUACAUAAAGAGAUCAGAUUGCAUUGUAGUCGUCAGAAAUAUGGAUAAGGCAUUUAACUUAUCCAUACUGAUAUUACAAGUCUGUGACUUGUAAAAGUUGGUUUCUUAUGGCGUUUAAAGUUAUUCAGAAGUCGGGGAAAAUGUUAAAAAAAUAUUUUUAAUUCAUAUAGUAGUAAAAAAAACCAUAUCAAAAAGGUGUUGGAUAAAUGACUGCUCCUGUGGGUGUGUGUCGAUUGCUUUGUUAAAAAGAAAGCAGUACGGUUUUGAAUAUAUACUGUGCUGAAUAGCCUGUGGAAUAAUGACUUGGAGGUCUGACCCUAACUCUGUAUACAGCUGAUGUUUGCACUAGGGUUGACAGUUAAAUACAGAUGGAGUUAUGACUGCAUUGGUAACUUUUGUUUAGAAUGUAUUGUUGGCGUUUUUUUUUAUAUCAGUUGUUUGACUCGGAGCUAUUGAGCCACGUUCUGUUAAAAAAAAACAAAGGACAUGAUUUUGAGUGCACAUUGCAUUUGUCGAAUACAUGGGUCAGUCCAUAGUAUCGUGAUCAGAUGUAACUGUCAAUAUUAAAACACACUUCAUGAAAAUGCAUCGGCGACACAAGUAUUUUUUUCUUAUACUGUAUUGUAUAUUGGAUUAAGACCACAGUAUUUUGCCGUGUCUCGUACAUUUCAAAAAGUCAAGAUUCCAUCUUAUUUUGACAAAAAAAUAUGCUGAAUGUGUAGACAUAACGGAGAUCUGCUGAUAUCUGCUUCUAACCAUAAUGCUCCAUAACCACGCAUGCAUUUGUAAUCAAUAUUGGUAUUUGUGUUGUACAGGGCCCCAUCGUUUAGCUGGAGCUUUCUUUACAAUAAAAUCUGGUAACCCAGCAGAAUUUGUUUAACACGCUGGACUGCUGAUGAGACCUAGAACGUCCAAACCAAGUCAAGAGGUUUAUUAUCCGAACAAAUGCCGUUGGAUAAUGUUCAUUUUAAAAGCCAGUAGACUCGUGGAAUAAAAAAACAAAACGUAUGUGGAAACAUGGCCAAGAUCUGCUUCUAUACUGUUUAAACUUGACAAUGGUUAAUUCAUAAAUGAAAAUAACUUAUUUCAUGUGAUAAAACAAUUUGAGCCGAACACAUUACGUUGCUUUCGACUUAAAGCUGGUAUUCAUGACGGCAGUUUAUGGGAGUCACUUUCGAGCUGAAGGAGAUGUCACCUUGGAAGGCAACGUAUCCAGAGUUGAGGCCGGUUGAUCUCUCCGUGUUCCACUGCAGGUUGGACAUUCAACCGAGCUCCGUUUGAGGGUACGGGCACAUCGAUGUGUAUGUGCUGUUAACGCAGUGAGUUUGGAGCGUUGAAUGCAGUCUGCGCAAAUGUGUGCUACAUGUGGGUCUGGUUAACAUAGCUCCACACAACACAUUCGCUGUUUUAUUAUCCACUCAGCUUAUUAGUAGCUGAGAGGACAUUACUUUAUGAUUGUUGAAUGCAGAUUUAGCCGAAAAGGAAAUGGAGCAUUCACGUAAUUUAAUUGUGUGUCCUCUGUGCGAUGAGUUGAGCAGAGCUGCCGAUGUGAUGUCCAAACACAAGUUGUAAGCACACAUACUCUGUACAUCUAAACAAGUUUUAUCUGUGAAAUAGAAUGCGUUACUGGAAUGUGUUUUGAAGAUCCAUUAACAAGGCGUUUAAACUGUUAUAAUAUGCCAUUCGAACUCUUUAACAAUACGCUCACAUUUAUUGUGUAACUUUCGAGGUCUUACAGACAUCUGAGGAGGCAUAUCGUCGACCUGGUUUGGUUUUCCAACAUCAAGUUUGAAACACGCCACCUUUAUGCGAUGCAGCGUUAUUGAUCCUAAUUUUAAAUGGUCAAUUUGAAUACAGCCACAAUAUAAGCAGGAUAGUUUACAGUUAUAAAUUUGAUUCAGAAUGAUUUAUAAUAUGGUGAUGCUGAAAUCGAUCAAUUCCCACUGGAUUUUAUAUCGAACAAUACAGUAUUGGUGUGUACAUUUUACUUAAAGCAAUUGAGUAUGGAUCUUGGAAUAGUAUUAUAAUUUCCAAAGCUAAUAUGGAGCACUUUUAAACAGAGCAGAUGGCAACAUUUUCAUAAUUGUGUUUAAAAUUGCAUUAGAAGUGAUAAAAAUAUAUAUAUUUGGAGUGCUAUAAUAGCUUUUGGAUUGUUUAAAAUAUUCUUUUAAUCUGGUCAAAUUAAUCUACUGAUUGAUUGUAUAUAUACACAUGUGUGGUUAGGGAAUUAUGUAUUGAUUUAAACGUAACAUUUGAUUAACGAUUCACAUUUAAUUUAGACUAAUUUGGCUAACACUUGAUUUUUGAUAAAGGUUAAUGAUGUUUUGCAUGAAAAGUUCAUUUGUAGGUAUCUGUUAACUUAUUUUUGAUGGACAUGUAACAUUAAUAUGCUAAUUUCAGUAAAUUAAAGGCUUAUUUAAACCAA